AUGUUAGAUGAACUAUAUAAAGCAGAACGUGGAGAGAUGGAAAAGAAACUUCAAGCAAAAGAUGAAGUCAUUGAAUCCAAAGACAAAAGCAUACAGAAAAGAAUACCGCGUUCAGUACCAAAAGGAAAGGAAAAGAGUUAUAAGUAUAUGAUAUAUACUGAAGAGUUGGAGAAAGAAGAAGAUAAAGAUAUGGUUAUGUUGCAUUUAGUCAGAAGAAACAACAAGAGCUUUUACGACUUAGCUAAGAUUUACAAAUCUGACAGAAACUGGUUCUAUCGUGAAAACUUACCGAUUUCAAUGACACCGAAUGAACAAAUAAAGGAAAUUGUCCAAAAUACUCUUCCUCAAACACACUAUGACAUCAAAGGUUGCACAAUACUUACAUUCAAAGAAGACUUAACAUUACUGAAGGAAAAAAUAACAGAAUAUUUCGAUAACUUCAAAGAGGAAGAAUAA